UUGUUCUUUUUGCAGCCAUCUACCUUCAGCCAUCUUUGAAUCGUACAUAGCGCUGGGGUGACAGCAUUUAGUAGUAGGUGCCGCAACGAUGCGUAAUGCAGUGUUUGAUACGAAAUACACAAUCCAAUCAGCCUUAAAAACAAGGGAGCCAACGUCAUUAUUUUGGAUAUUCGGACUUGGAAAUGGGGUUAAUUGGAGAGACGCGAAGAGACAUCAUGCUUCGAUGGUUCCAAUGAUCUUAUGCACUGUUGCAACAACUGCGCUGGCAGCCUGGUUUACAGCAAGGACUUGUUAUCUUGCCCCCGACAUUAUACUAAACAAAAUUAAUUUAAUAGAAGACUUGGAUCCCGAAAAAUACUGCUACAGGUUCUACUCUCCCACUAUUGACUGGGCCGUUAGGACGUUUGACACACCCAUGCCUGAGGUCGAGAAGUAUUCCGGAUUCGAGCAGUACAAAGGCUGGUUUGAAGAAUAGUCUGACAGCCAUGCUGUAUGCUGUCCAUUGAAUAGGAAAUUACACUAGAUUAUGUUAAAUCAAGUUGUUAUAGAAUCAGAUAUGCAGCCUAACUGUUCAUGUUUACACAGGGACAAUCUAAGUACAAACCAUCCUGUUACGUUGAUUUGAAAAGAAAUAGAAUUUUGGGCCAUUUUCUUUGAAGAAUUCAGCAGGAUUUUCCCUCUGAAUUUGCAAGUGUUUUUCUAACAUCAAGGAGACAUACCUGUGUGUGUUUUAAAUGAGUGAAUCAAUUUUUUUGAAUUUCACCUUUGUUAAUUUUACCAAUUAAAAGCUUUGGUUUCAUACACCCAGAUGUAAACAAUAAUCCACCAAACUGUGCUUGUAGAGUAUUUAAACUAAAUUUGACCUAAAACUCAUUCAGAAUCAGUAGGUAGUAAUUUUUCUCUGAAAUCAAGUCCUAGUGUGCCUUUCUCUUCCUCCCCCUCCCCCACCUUGUGUCUUGAAUGUACGUAAGGCUGCUGACCACGUCUGUAGUCUAUGUAGGUGUCUGUAAUGGUAAAUCCGUAUAACUGUAGCUUUGUAACUUUUCUUUUGUAAAUACAAUAUGGUGUAUAUUAUAUCAUAACCAGCCAUUGACUGCCAGAAUAUGGUCUUCCUCUAGAGGGCAGUGGCCUUGUUUCUUGGAAACUGACCCAGCGAGAGGUUGAUGUGUGUGUUUAUGUUAAUGUAGGGGGCUGAUGCUGUUUAAUCUCUAGGUUGCUCCUAGAUUGUCUUGUUCUUUGCUGCCCUCUGUUGUAACGGGGCUAGCUUGUCUUGUUAAAAAUACCACCUGCUGGGGGUUAGUAGUUGCUCACUCCCUCCUUUCCCCUCAACAAUGGUUAUGUAAGUGUUCAGAAUUAUUGGACAACCGAGAAGAGGGACUUAUUCAUAGUUAUCAAUGAAAGGACUUUAGUCUUAUCAAUAAAUCUCCCGUUAGAGGAGUAGGAGGAGGAAAAAGAGUCACUGGGCGCAUUGAUGUUUUUUGGAAACCUUGGAUCUCAAAAAGCACAAAACUGAAGCGCACAUCUAGUUCUGAGCAUUUUGAGCAUUACUUGUUUGUUAGCCACGCACACUUAUAUAACUCAUUUUUUGCUGUUUGCUGUUUUUGCUGGAAUUUCUUGUAAUUUUAUUGGAAUCAAUAACGCGUUGGUUUGACACUGGAAAUAAAGUUUUUAAAACGAUAGAAA